AUGGUUUCAGUUUGUCAAGUUGAAAGAAAUGAUGUUGAAAAUUUAAAUAAAGAAUUAUUUUACUCAUACAUUAAAUCAAAUAAACCAGUUGUAUUUGAAAAGUAUAGAUCUCAAGCAAUUGAAAAAUGGACACCAGAUUAUUUAUUGUCAAUAAUUGGUGAUCGUGAGGUACAUGUUAAUAUGUGUACAUUUGGUUCAAUGUCUGAUAUUGUACCAAUGAAAUUUUCAGAAUAUUUAAACAAAACUUUAAAAAAUGAAUUUCCAAUAAAUGAUUCAAAUGGUGAAAGAAUUAAAAAAAUUAAUAAACCAUAUUUACGUAAUUUUGGUAUGUUGGAUGAAUUUCCAAUUUUAAAAGAAGAUGUUAAAAAUAAUGAAAGUAUUUUUAAUAAAGAUGUUCACAACAUGGUUGUUAUGGGUUCAUUUAUUGGUUGUAAAGAUAGUGCAACCAAUUUCCAUAAAGAUACAGGUGAGAAUUUAGUAUCUGUUAUUCAUGGUAAAAAAUUCAUUGUUUUAAUUGCACCAUCUGAUGAAACUAAUAUUAAAUCAAAAUUAAGUCAUGAUAUUGAAGUUCAAUUCGAUUCAAAUGAUUUCGGUUCACCAAUUGAAUUACAUCCAGCUUUUUCUGAUUGUUCAAAAAUUUAUACAACAAUCUUAACUCAAGGUCAAUCUUUAUUCAUUCCAGUCGGUUGGAUUCACUAUGUUCAUAAUAUUGAUACAACCAUUUCUGUUUCAUGUUGGGGUAAAGAAAUGAUUAUGUAA